GCGACAGAGGAUCCCUCCGACGGUCGAAUCUUACUCCGCGUUUCCUUCUCUUCUGCACCAUGAGUGUCAAUCCCGUCAUCCUGGAGGACACCUUCACGGUGAACGGUGUGAAUACGGAGGGCACCGUGUACCUUCGCGUCUCGCGUAUCCGCUGCGUUAAUCAGGAUGGCUCGCUGACCAUCACCGCUGAUAUCAACUCCGAAGAAUUCCCCGUCGCCACGAAUGAUCGCCUCACCAUUGUGCUGGCCAAUUCUCUAGAGCUGGGUGGCAAGACGGGCAGUAAGUACUACGAUCACAGCGUGUACCACCGCGAGACGCGCUUGAACGACUGCGACUACGCCAUGCACGGCCGCGUGUACGGCCACGAAGUGGUCGAGAAUGGGCUGGAGGUGAAUGUCCACAUUAGCUGUGGCGGACUCUUGACGAACAUCGUCGGCAAGCCGCAGGGUCUGCGCGACGUGCACUACAACAGCGACGUCUACAUCCUGGUUAAGCGCGUGAAGGAUUGA